CUAGCAAGCACAGUCUUUGCUUUAAUACAUAUCUGUUUUAUUACACAGACACACACACACACUUUUUACAGCACAAAUAGUUAUUAUAUUUUUGCACACAAUGGAUUUGUCAAGGAUAUCAUCGUCGGGGAAACUGGACCAUGUGCUGCCAAGCAAUUUGCGUGAGAAACAUCCAAGCGUAGCAAGAGAUGGCAGUGCUGAUUUCUCUACCAUGCGCUCUAUGCAAAUACGUUGUGUCAUACGUGUGCUGCAGGACUCGGUAGAGUGUGUGAAGAGUGCGCUCCUAUUGCCAAAGCUGCUGAGGAGGCCGAGCAGUGUGGCCAACGUCUUGCAUGGCACCGAAUACCAGCCAGCCAUACGCCUGGUGGAAGACUAUAUACGCCGGCGUGACAUCAUUGUGAAGGAGCAGCGACCUCCGUUGAUGGAUCAUGGCAUGAUCAAGCUGAUCGACUACUUUCAACGCAAUCCGGAUAUAUAUUCACUGUUUCCAGACUUUCGCAUGACACCCGAGGAUCGCAAGUUGCUGAUCGCCUUUGAGCAGCUACUAAGCAUAUCCAAGCAUCAUUUGCAACGCAGCGCAGAGAAGGAGAUCAGCAACGAGCACGUUUUGCACAAGAUAUACCAAGAAAAUGAGCACAUCAAGGAUACCAUAAAGCACCUAAGGGCUUAUUUCGAAAGCCAAAAAGUUAAGCUGCGCUGGAAAGUGGCUGCGAAAAGCGCCUACCUGCAAAGGUGCGAACUGAAGCUGGAAGAGAGGAAAAUGAAAAAUGUGCUGCGCAUGCAAAACGAAAGUGAAGCUUGCCAGCGCCAAAUCCACGAGAAUCAGAAGAACAGCUUGGAAAAACAAAAACUGCUGGAGAUAGAGCUGGAACAACUGCGUGUGGAAUAUGAGAAUCAAACCAAAAGAAAUCUGCUGGAGGAGAAAUUGGCACGUGAGGAAAAAAACAAGCUGCAGUUUCAGCUAGAAAGCGCUAUAAAAAAAUACGAUCGCGUAAUUGGCGAAAAAAUGAUUGAGCAUUUGGAUCUGGGGAAUGAAUUGGUAGAGGCACAAAAGUCGAUGGAUGCAUUUAUGCUGAUCUAUAAAGAAGAGGAGGACAUUUACAAUAAUAUUGUCGUGAAACGCGAACAAGAUGAAGAACGCAAAAGGCAGCAAGCAAUCUUGUUGUACAAGAUGAAUCGAGCAGCACGCAAAAUACAAACCUAUUGGCGCACAUGGCGCAAAGGGCUGCUUAAAAGGGAGCGUCAAAAGGCGGCUCGAUAUAGUCAAUUAUUCAGGUCAAAAAAUAAAAAGACCUAGACUUAGUUGUAAAGGAAAAUGGAAGUUAUAUGCUAAAAUUAUCAAUUAAAUAUAUGCGUUGAGAUUGGACGAACAAUAAGCUUAGGAAAGUUAUUUCAACUAGAUUUAAAUAAUAGUCCUAAGCUCAUUGUGAGUCAAAAGAAAGACACAUAUAAAUAAAUAUAUUAACUACUUA